AUGGCUCGUGUUUGUUAUGUUUUGUGGCGUCUAUGAAUCCCAGACCCCAGCGAGCAAAACAGAAGAAGUAGCUCGAAUGCAACCAACAAAAUCUCCACCAUGAUUAUACGCGUACAAUCAGCCGACGGCACCAAACGAGUGGAGGCAAAACCGACAGAUUCCACCAAGACUUUCUAUGAAAAAGUCCACGACGCAUUUCAGCUAACGAGCAUCACAUUUAGUCUGUAUCUUACCCGGGAUAGAAAAACAGAACUCGUCUCCUCGCCGCGGAAGACCCUCAAGGGAUGCAAACUGAAUCAUGGAGAUAUGGUUUACCUUUACAAGUUGGAUGCUGGUGGUGGGUGUAAAAGUACACCACCACCACCGCCCUUCACUGCAUCAACCAGUAAUCCUAGUAACAGCCAGAAUGGUGGGAAGGUGAUCGUUCCUGUAUCAACACAACAAGUGGCAUCUAGUAUCAAGAGCAUGGUGGAGGAGAACGAGGUGGAUCAGCUUCUGGCCAAGGAAGUCGGCUUGAUUGACAGGAAAAUAAAUCCACAACUAUGUCGCCAUGGCAAUAACAGUAAAUGUGUACACUGUAUACCACUGGAUCCCUGGGAUGAAGGUCACUUGAAGGAACAGAACAUCAAACACAUAUCCUUUAAUUCCUACCUACGGAAACUGACUUCCGGGGUCGACAAGGGGAAGUUUGUUGUUUUGGAUGAUAUUAAUUGUAAAAUCAAGAUGGGUUGUAAAGAUCACCCACCAUGGCCAAAAGGAAUCUGCUCCAAGUGCCAGCCAUCCGCCAUCACACUAAAUCGACAAUCGUACCGCCACGUGGACAAUGUUAUGUUUGAAAACCCUAAUUUAGUAGAGCGCUUCCUCAAUUACUGGCGCGUGACGGGACACCAGCGUAUAGGCUUCUUGUACGGGCGCUAUGAACCUCAUCUAGAUGUUCCACUGGGGAUCAAGGCCACUGUGACAGCUGUGUAUGAACCUCCUCAGGAAGGGUCAAGAGAUCAUGUGAAGCUCUUGCCAGACCCAAAGAAGGAAAGUGUUGAUGAUAUUGCUAAAGGCUUGGGAUUAACAUGCGUUGGUUGGAUUUUCACCGACCUAGUACCCCUUGAUUCAAACAAUGGUACGGUGCGUUACCUCCGACACGCAGAUACCUACUUCCUCUCCGCACACGAAGUUAUCACAGCUGCUCAUCUACAAACUCUUCACCCUAACCCCUGCAGACUGUCACGUGAGGGCAGAUAUGGUUCAAAAUUUGUCACAGUCAUAGUGACGGGUGAUAAAAAUAACCAGGUACACAUGGAAGGCUACCAAGUGAGCAAUCAGUGCCAGUCUGUAGUGAGGGACAAGUGCCUCAUACCUACCAAAGACGCCCCAGAGUUGGCCUACAUCCGUGAGUCGUCAGCAGAGCAAUAUGUCCCAGAUGUUUACUUCAAGGAAAAAGAUCAGUACAACAAUGAUGUGGUACGUCUAGGAAGACCUUUACCUGUGGAAUAUCUACUCCUGGAUUGUCCGGUUUCCACCCCCAAUGAACCUAUUUAUACAUUUGCUGUUAAUGAAACAAAUUUUCCAGUGGCUAACAGAAUGGUGGAGGGUCACCUGCAGGACUUCAAUGCACUGGCUACAUAUCUCAAAAAAUUUGGUGAUGAACAGUUCUUGGAAGCUGUAUCAGAUUUGCAUGUCUUAGUGUACAUUGCAACUAUGGACAUGUUACCUCUCAGGGAAUAUAUUGAACCCUUACUUGAAGCUGUGAAAAAACGUGAUAGGGCAGCAGCAUUGGAGUGGAAACAGUCUGGCCACUGGGCUACUGUGGAACAGUUGGUGAUGGCAUCAGGUGGGGAAGGUGCAGUGGCGGGAGGGGAGAGCGAUGUAACAGGCAGAGGCCCAAGUGUCCAACCCUCUACAUCAUCUACCUCAUGGACAUGUCAGCACUGCACAUUCAUUAAUCAGACAGCAAGUGAAAACUGUGAUAUGUGCCAUCUCCCACAGUGAACUGGCAACAACUUUGAUACAAUACGAAGGUGUCAGUCCUGAUGCUGAUAUUCAGUGUCUUGUGUGUCCUAGACAAAUUCCUAGUAGAUUUGUUAAUGGUGAAACAAGCUCACAUUGUUCACAGAACCAACAGGAACAUCUCAAACAUAUAUUUACAGUAUUUGCUUGUAUUAUAUCAAGCACUGUAGUGCAUCCUCAGAAGAGGGUAUUCAGGUUUUUAAUAUGACUUGGUUGUAAAUUGUUUAAAUCCUUAAUAUAGAAACUGUUGAGCUAAGCUUAAUGUUCUCACAAUGACUGUCUGAUGUAAGUAUUCCAUUGAGAAUAUUUUAAGCCCAUUUUCUUGAAGUUAGCUAAAUUUUUAAGCUACAGGAAAACACAAUGUGCUCUUAUUAAGUCUUAGACUCUCCAUGCAAAAUUCUCCAGUUACCGUGCAAGCUAAACAGGGAACCUUAACAGCUAAAUUAGUCCCUCUUGAUCCUAUAUGCUUUCUCAAUACUGUGUUGUGGCACACUUUGUAAUAUUUCUCUAUCGAUUAAGAAAUUUGUAUUCAAAAUUAUAGUUUAAUUUAUAUCAGGGUAGUUUUAUGCAAAAUUUCUAUAACUAAAGCAUAAAAGAUCUGUUACUGUAGUUCCACCUAGAGAUGUUGUGUGCCUUGUGUGUAAGUCUUGGCAUUUUUAGUCAAGUUAAAUUGGUAAAUAUUUGAUAUGAUUUAACAGUUUCUUUUUUUAAUGGGUUUCUUUUUAUAAGCAAGCUUCCCUUUCUUACUUAAAACAAGAGUUCCCUCUUCACUCUGUCACAGUCAAGUUUUCAAUGUGUGAAGGUAUGGAGGUCUUUAGUAAUAUUGUUCGGGAUAUUUAUUAAUUCUGCAUGUGCCGUCCUGUUAGAAUGCAGGAGGUGACGUGGAAAAUGCAGAAAAGCUGCAUUAGUGACGCGGAUCAUUUACGAGUUUAUUGAUCCUUGAAUUGAAGCACAAAAACAGUAUAUCGGGUUGAGACUCUGACUAAUGCCUUCAUCCAAGUUGAAGUAGCCAUUGUAGUUCUGAUCAUAGUAUGUUUUCCUUGGAUCACUUCACCCAUCCUGGUUUCAGUCAGUCAUAGAGCUUUGAUCUCCAAGAUUGACACCUGGUGAAUUUGUGGGUUUCCUCAUAACUUCUUCAGGUAUAACUCUAAUGGUGAGCACAGAAACUGAGUGUGAUCUCUUGUGGUUAGCCACGGGGCUCAACCUCAGUUUGUUGGGUGCUCGAUAUCUGUACCACAUUGCAUGUCUGCUUGGCAACUUUAAAAUCUUCUAAAUUGGUAAUUAAAAUUUUCUUAUUUGGAGAUUUUGACAUACAUAUCUCAUGAUCAUUGCAUUUGCACUCAAUGACCUUUAUACAAUUAUUCUGGGCACCGUGUGACUUAGAAAAAAUGCUAAGGAUGUUUCAUUACUGCAUAAAUAUCAGAGGUCAGAGGUUCCCGUAAAGUUACAGUACAGUAUAUGUAAAUUCACUCGAGUUAACUAAAUUUUAUAUAUGGUAAUAAUCUGUUACUUGAUACAAAAUUGGUAGGGCUUUGUUACAAGUGUGCAUUGAAAAUAUUCUGUCCAUACAGUGAGUUAAAGAGGAAAUGUAGGAAAUUACAACUGAAUUUAAUCUGUAUGGUGUUUUAAAGUAGCCAUAUUAUUAAAUUUUUUCUUAGUAAAAGUUAACUUUUGCAAUAUGUUCAAAUCCAUGAAUAAUAUUUCUUUUCAGGUAUAUAUUUAUUAUUGGUUUGAUAGCACACAGAAUAUUAGUGAGAGACCUUGGUGGUGUUUAACAUGAAACAACACUCCCAAUGUGAGCCUUACUGACGACCACUUUUUGCACCUGCUGUUGCUAGCUUGUACAGAACCCAUUGUGGUCAAGUAGCUUAUUAAUAAAAUAAUUGAAAUUAA